AUGGCAGCUAUGGGAACGUGUGGCGACUAUGACAACCGAUUCAGACCAUGGUAUGUUGAAUCCGCCACACCCGAACCAAAGGAUGUUGUUAUAGUUAUAGAUAAAUCGGAAUCAAUGGCUACAGUAGUGCCACAUGGUCGGUCUAUGUCGAGAUUAGAUGUUGCUAAAGAUGCUGCAAAGUCUGUCCUCGAUACACUUAACCCUCUCGAUAGAGUUGCAGUUGUUGGGUUUUCUGGAAAGGCAUACGUGGCUCCUGGAGAUCAUACGAAAAGCUCAUGCUUUGGCCAUCAACUGGCUCUAGCAAUUCCACAAAACAUGGCAAUUCUUAAAAAGAAUAUUGACGGUUUCCAUGCCUCUGGUAGUACAAACUAUGCCAAUGCACUAGAAAAUGCUUUCUCGCUGUUUAGAAGUAGUGCUGAUUUGGAGUACAAUUUAGCAAAAAACAGAAGCAAAGCCAUUCUUUUUCUUACGGACGGGAUACCAACUGAUACUAUGAUAGAAAAUGUAUACAGAACAAUUGAAACUGGGAAUGCAAAGUUGCGAAAUAAAGUUGUGAUACUUACAUACGGUAUAGGUGGAGCGGCUGCACUUGAUGAUGCUAUUUUAUUAAAGAUGGCUAAAAUGACAUCAUUAAAUGGUAGGGUUGGUGAAUAUACAAGUGUGGGUGAUAUAAAAAAUCUCCGACACGAUAUGUCCUCAUAUUAUAACUUCUUCAGCAACGUUGAGUACGACCAUCCUAUAAUCUCAACCCCAUAUAUGGAUGCAUGGGGAUUAGGAAUGGUUACGUCGAUAUGUCUACCUCUCCAUUAUAAAGCGAAAUUUAAGGGAGUAGUUUGUGUAGAUAUGACAAUGGAAGACUUAACGGAAGAUGCAACGUAUUUUACGGAAGGGGAAGGAUCGUAUACAUUUAUCAUUGAUAAGGAAGAGCGUACCAUGGUUCAUCCAUUACUCCCAAAACCAUAUUUGAUCGAGGACGAUCCUAUUUUUGUUCCUGUGCAUAAUAUUGAACAUUGGUCCGAGGUUGAAAGCAUUAUUACAUCCAUGACUAGUGGAGGGAAUGGCAGGAAAACUGUGACAGCACAACAAGUUUUUUCUAGGGGUGCAGCAUCUAUGGAAGGAGUGUACACUCGGACUAUCACAUCUACGUAUGGUUGGACUCCGAUUAAAGGAACAAAACUGUCCCUCUGUAUGGUGAUCCCUAAUGACGAUGUUGUAUAUGAUAUUGCUAAGAGAGAACCUUUAGAUGAAUUUUACUAUCACCGUAUCGAUAUGAACAAUAUUGCCAAAUGUAAACAUUUUGAUAAAGCCCCUGUAAUUAAAGACAUGUCGACAGUUUUCUUCGCAGCAAGAACAUUUCAAGACCCCUAUAGUUUCCUUGGCAACGUGGAAACAUCCAACAACAUAGAGCGAUACGUUGGUUAUAUGAAGAGUACAGGGAAUAAUCCUGGAUUCAAGGCUGAUAUUCGUGAUACUGUUUCCGCCAUGAGAUUUAUUGAUGAUGUUUGGCGUAUGGACGAGAGUGUUCUUUGGGUAUAUAUUGGAACAGAAAAUGGCAUUUUUAAGAUGUUCCCUGGAAGUUAUAUGCAGAGGUCGUACGAUCCUACCGAGAGGCCAUGGUAUUUGAGGGCAAUUGCAAACAAAGGAAAGAUGGUGUUGUCGGCAUACGAAGAUGCUCUUGGACUCGGUUAUGUUGUGACCAUGAGUCAUACAUUGCAUAAAGGGAGCGAUUCUAGUUCGAGUGUUGAUCGACCUG